AUGGAGGGGCCCCUGGGGGGCAGCCACUGCAGCAGCAACAAACAAGCUGCAGCAGCAGCAGCAGCAGCAAACGCAGCAGCAACAGGAUCAACUGCACCAGGUGCAGCAGCACCAGAAACAGCAGCAGCAACAACAACAGCAGCAACAGCAGCAGCAGCAGCAGCAGCAGCAGCAGCAGCAGCAGCAGCAGCAAACUCAUCUUCAGAUGAGGAGCCGCAGCUGGUUGGGGUCAGCUUAACUAUGGCCUCGGUGCUGCGCCCCCAAACCCCGCAGCCCCUCAAAGCCCUUGCUGCUGCUGCUGCUGCUGCUGCUACUUCUGCUGCUGCUGCUGCUCAGCAGCAGCAGCAGCAGCAGCAGCAGCAGCACACACAGCACGGAGACGCAGCAGCAGCGCCAUCAUCAGCUGCCGUGCAGGACAGUGGAGGUUCUCUGACAGCAGCAGCAACAGCAGCAGCAGCAGCAACAGCAGCAGCAGCAGCAACAGCAGCAGCAGCAACAGCAACAGCAGCAGCAGCAGCAACGGCAAGCCCCACGAGUGCCUGGGCAGCAGGAACGGAAGCUAUACUACCGGUGGCAGCAGCAGCAGCAGCAAAGCCUAAGCCAGCAGCAGCAGCAGCAGGUAAAGCCGAACCAGCAGCAGCACCUACAGCAGCAACAACAACAGCAGCAGCAGCACCUGCAGCAGCAGCAACAGCAGCAGCAGCAGCAGCAGCAAGUUGCAGCUCAGAUUUGACUGAGUUGGUUGUGAGGGAGCUGAGGGCUGUUGCUGCAGUGUAUGAGCAGCAGGGGGAGAACUGGCGUGCUGCAGGCUUCCGUCGUGCUGCUGCUGCUGUUGCUGCUGCAUGCAGCAGCAGCAGCAGCAGCAGCAGCGGCAGCAGCAGCAGGAACAUCAGGAGCAUGGACUUGCGCCUACGGGCUGGAACAGCAGCAUCUCCUGCAACAGCAGCAGGAGCAGCAGCAACAGCAGCAGGAGCAGCAGCAGCAACUCCUGCUGCUGCUACUGCUGCUGCUGCUGCUGCUGCUGCUGAGCUGCAGCAAGGCCUCACAAAGGAGAAGCUGCCGCUGCUGCGGUUUGUUGCGGGCAUAGGGCGGUCCGUGCUGCAGACGAUAUAUGAGAUUGCUGCUCGAGGCAGCAGCAGCAGAACUUUGCUGCUGCAGCAGGACGCAGCAGCAGCAGCAGCACAGCAGCAGCAGCAGCAACUACAACUCAUAUUUGGGGUAGGGCCAAAGACAGCCAAAAUGCUGCAUGCACGCGGACACACACUCGACUCCCUGCGGCAGCAGCAGCAGCAACUGCAGCAGCUGCAGCAGCGCUUGCUGCAGCUGCAGCAGACCAAGCCAGCAGCAGCAGCAGCAGCAGAUACCAGCGGCGCAGCAGCUUUCGCAGCAACCCCGAAACUAACUACAGGAACAGCAGCAACAGCAGCAGCAGCACCAGAAGAGGAAGCAUCUGUUGCUGCUGCUGCAGCAGCAGCAGCAGCAGCAGCAGCAGCAUUCCCCCUACGCGGAGCUCAAGCCGUGGGGCUGCGCUAUGCGGGGGCCUUCGCCCUGAAGAUAGUCAGAGAGGAGAUUGCUGCUGUUGCUGCUUUCCUCACCCGUCUGCUGCUGCACAGCCCCUGCAGCAGCAGCAGCAGCAGCAGCAGCAGCAGCAGCAAUAGGAGCAGUAGCAGCAGCAGCAGCAGCAGCAGCAGCAGCGCCGAAACAGCCUCUUGCCUCUGCUGCUCCUGCUGCGGGGCGUCGUGCAGCAGCUACUUUGACGACACCAGCAGCAGCAACAGCAACAGCAACAGCAACAGCAGCAGCAGCAGCAGCAGCAGCAGCAGCAGCAGCAGCAGGGUUUCGUUUCUGAGGGGUAUAACAGAGGUGUUGUGCUGCGGCAGCUACAGGAGGGGCCGCAGCGAAUGCGGCGACAUCGAUAUUCUGCUUAUACAGACAGACCACACACAACACACACAAACUAUAUUCAGGGUGGUGGAUUUGCUGCGUCAGCAGGGCCUCAUACUGGAAGACCUGCAGUAUAAAGUGAUGCGAAAGGGGUCUUCUGCUGCUGCUGCUGCUGCUGCUGCUGCAGCAGCAGCUGCUGCUGUUGCUGCUGCUGCUGAUGACGAAGACUCAAGAGACUCUGAUGAGAGCGAUGAAGAGCCACUGGCUCCACCCAUGCCCCCUGCUGCUGCUGCUGCUGCUGCUGGUACUGAUGCUGCUGCUGCUGCUGCUGCUGCUAGUACUGCUGCUGCUGCUGCUGCUGCUGCUCGUAUCCCUCGCGUUGUCCCCCUCACGAAGAAGCUGAAGGGCAGAUGCUCAGGCAUGGGGGGGCCCCAGGGCCCCCCGCCGUAUAGAUAUUAA